GCGCGACGGUGACGCGGUCUUUUUUUUCUCCUUCCGACAACAGGCAGGGCUGAGAGAGCGAGCGGCAGCAGGAGCGCUGCUCGGAGACAGCGAUAAAGACGAAAUUCACGUUCAGCACGUAAAAAACGAAACCGGGUAUAUUUUACGGUACUGUCGCCGAGUGGGGGGGAAUAUUUGAUCUGAACGUGUUCCGCUUGGCUGUGUCGGUCUCCCUGCGCGCCUCCUCUUCGCUACCCGUCUCAGCACUUGAACACUGAAGAAAUAUAAUCCGGCUCGUUCUGUGGCACGAGAGUGAGAGAGAGGCACGGCCAGAAUGGAGCUCAUCACGAUCCUGGAAAAAACGGUCUCCCCAGAUCGAAAUGAACUGGAGGCUGCGCAGAAGUUUCUGGAGCAGGCGGCGAUUGAAAACUUGCCCACCUUCCUAGUGGAACUUUCCAAAGUUCUGGCCAACCCUGGAAACAGCCAGGUGGCCCGUGUAGCCGCUGGUCUCCAGGUCAAGAAUUCUCUUACUUCGAAGGACCCAGAUGUGAAGACGCAGUACCAGCAAAGAUGGCUGGCCAUCGAUUGCAAUGCCAGGAGAGAGAUCAAGAACUAUGUUCUGCAGACGUUGGGCACAGAAACAUACCGCCCCAGCUCUGCAUCUCAGUGUGUGGCUGGGAUAGCGUGUGCCGAGAUCCCUGUGAAUCAGUGGCCCGAACUUAUCCCUCAGCUUGUGGCCAAUGUUACGGAUCCCAGCAGCACAGAGCAUAUGAAGGAGUCCACCCUAGAGGCUAUUGGCUACAUCUGUCAGGACAUUGACCCAGAGCAGCUGCAGGAUAACGCUAACCAGAUCUUGACAGCCAUCAUCCAAGGCAUGCGGAAAGAGGAGCCCAGCAACAACGUCAAGCUGGCUGCCACAAACGCACUGCUCAACUCCCUGGAGUUCACCAAAGCCAACUUUGAUAAAGAGACGGAGCGGCACUUUAUCAUGCAGGUUGUCUGCGAAGCAACACAGUGUCCAGAUACUAGAGUACGAGUAGCUGCCUUGCAGAACCUGGUGAAGAUAAUGUCUCUGUAUUACCAGUAUAUGGAGACUUACAUGGGACCUGCUUUGUUUGCAAUCACAAUAGAAGCUAUGAAAAGUGACAUUGAUGAAGUUGCCUUACAAGGAAUUGAGUUCUGGUCCAACGUGUGUGAUGAAGAGAUGGACUUGGCUAUUGAAGCAUCUGAGGCAUCGGAGCAGGGCAGGCCACCGGAGCAUACCAGCAAGUUUUAUGCCAAAGGAGCCCUUCAGUACCUGGUGCCGAUUCUCACUCAGACACUCACCAAGCAGGAUGAAAACGAUGAUGAUGAUGACUGGAACCCUUGCAAAGCAGCAGGCGUGUGUCUGAUGUUGCUGGCCACCUGCUGUGAGGAUGAUGUGGUUCCCCAUGUGCUCCCCUUCAUCAAAGAGCAUAUCAAGCAUCCGGACUGGCGCUAUCGCGACGCUUCUGUUAUGGCCUUUGGCUCCAUCUUGGAGGGCCCUGAGCUGAACCAGCUCAAACCACUCGUCAUCCAGGCCAUGCCGACACUGAUUGAGCUGAUGAAGGACCCCAGUGUUGUUGUGAGAGACACCACAGCCUGGACCGUGGGUCGCAUUUGCGAGCUUCUCCCAGAAGCUGCCAUCAACGAGGUGUAUCUCGCACCGCUGCUGCAGUGUUUGAUUGAAGGCCUGGGGGCGGAGCCACGUGUGGCUUCCAAUGUCUGUUGGGCCUUCUCUAGCCUCGCAGAAGCAGCUUAUGAAGCUGCUGACACAGCUGAUGAUCAGGAAGAGCCCAGCACCUACUGUCUGUCCUCUUCCUUUGAAAUCAUUGUUCAGAAACUACUGGAGACAACAGACAGGCCAGAUGGACACCAGAACAACCUGAGGAGUGCUGCCUAUGAAGCAUUAAUGGAGAUAGUGAAGAACAGUGCUAAAGACUGCUACCCUGCAGUACAGAAGACAACUCUUGUAAUCAUGGAGCGGCUACAGCAAGUACUUCAGAUGGAGUCUCAUAUCCAGAGCACUUCUGACAGAAUCCAGUUUAAUGACCUGCAGUCCUUACUGUGUGCCACACUUCAGAAUGUGCUGCGGAAGGUGCAGCACCAGGAUGCGCUUCAGAUCUCUGAUGUGGUGAUGGCCUCAUUGCUGCGCAUGUUCCAGAGCACUGCUGGCUCAGGAGGUGUGCAGGAGGAUGCUCUCAUGGCUGUCAGCACCCUUGUAGAAGUUUUGGGCAGUGAUUUCUUAAAAUACAUGGAUGCAUUCAAACCAUUCCUGGGCAUUGGACUGAAAAAUUAUGCAGAAUACCAGGUGUGUCUGGCUGCUGUUGGCCUCGUUUGCGACCUUUGCAGAGCACUCAUGAGCAAUAUCCUGCCUUACUGUGACGAGAUCAUGCAACUUCUACUGGAGAAUCUAGGGAACGAGAAUGUGCACAGAUCUGUGAAGCCCCAGAUUCUUUCUGCAUUCGGAGACAUUGCCUUAGCCAUUGGUGGUGAGUUCAAGAAGUACCUGGACAUUGUACUGGAUACCCUUCAGCAAGCGUCACAAGCCCAAGUGGAUAAGAAUGACUAUGACAUGGUGGACUACUUGAAUGAGCUUCGAGAAGGUUGUCUAGAAGCUUAUACAGGGAUUAUUCAAGGUUUGAAAGGCGACCAAGAAAAUGUGCAUCCGGAUGUCAUGUUGGUGCAGCCUCGUGUGGAGUUCAUUCUGUCCUUCAUACAUCACAUUGCGGAAGAUGAAGAUCAUUCUGAUGCUGUGGUAGCCAAUGCCGCUGGCCUCAUAGGUGAUCUGUGCACAGCUUUUGGCAAAGAUGUGAUGAAGCUGGUGGAGCUGAGACCCUUAAUCAAUGAACUGCUGACCGAGGGUCGGAGAUCAAAGACGAGUAAGACCAAGACCCUGGCCACAUGGGCAACCAAGGAGCUACGCAAGCUAAAAAACCAGGCUUGAAUCGCCAGGAAAACAUACUGAGAAAAUGCCCCACUGGAAUUUCUUCUGUCUUUUGCGCUAUUGGGUUAAAAGCAGAAGUGAGGAGUGCUGAGAUGAGUGUCUGAAAUGUGAGAGUGAGUGAGUGAGGCUUGAUAUCACACCACCUUCUGAGUACAAUUCCAGCAGUCGCCGGCAGCUCGGCAGCGUCCAUCCGGCCACCAUCGGGACUGAUCUGACAUGAAGACAUGAACAUCACACUGGACAGCUGUAGCCGGCUAGUUCGAGAAUACGCAAAACUGAUAUUAGUCAACAACGGGGGGAAAAAACGAGGAUCUAGGAAAAAAAAAAAAAAAACUGCCAAAUGUGGAGGCCCCCCACCCCAAGUGAAAGGACAUGACACUGUACUGUGGAAAGUUUUCUGAGCACUAUGGGUAUGGACUUCCAAGUGGAGAUUUUGGGAUUUAAAAGAGUGCGUCUCAAUUGGAUAAUUAAAACGGAUGUUGCUGCUGGAGUUGAACAAAUGCUUACAGGGGGAGACUGGGGAAAAAUGAGAACAUACAAUAAUUGGAUGCGGUGGCCUGUUUCCUUUCGCCUUUUGUAAGCCAUUAACCUGUUUGUGCAUGGGAGUCCUGCCGACGCAGGCCUGGCUCAUAGGAAUUACGCGUGUUAGUGUGAGUGAGGGAGGGACUGACUUUCUUCACUGCCCAGUAAUAAUAAACACGAUGCAGAUGCUGAAUGCAGUUCUGAAACUAUUGGGAGGGACGAUGCUGAAAAAUGGCAGCACGUACGAGGGAGGUUUCCUUUUUUCUUUAGAAGAAUUACUAACACAUUCAGACUGUAAGGUGUCAAGGGGUUUCUCCUCUUUAGUGUUGGCCAACCCUUUCUUAUUUGCCUCUAUUCCAGACUGUGAAAAUAAAAGCAAUGGUUCGGAUUACUGAUCGUGAAUAAGGACUUCAAGGCAAGGAACGUGUUUGCAGCUAAUGUGAAACACCCCAGAUGCAACAAAUAACUUUGCUCUCUGGGUUAUUUUAAUAAUCCAGUUCCAAAGGUGGUGGUGUGCCAAAGAAUUAUUGAUCCAAGUAAGUCAAAAUUGGCCCGUUUGGAUAUUGCAUCAAUUCAAAGACUAAAUUUAGAAUUGGGAGUCCAGUACAUACUUAAAGGAAACUCAAAUCUCUGUAGUUUCGGCCCUUUGUGCUUGCAUUAAAAUGUUUCCAUUUUGUUGUUGGUUUCUUGCUGCACUUAGUUGGAAAGGUCUACUUACCAAGCUUGUUUAGAAUUUAAAAAAAUGGAGGCAUUUGUAUGAGGUUAUAUUUUUCCACUGCAAAUAAGAAAAUAAAAUUGUAUCAAACAUUCCCCUAGCAUUCUUUGUAUUUGGUCUUUUUUGGGAACUGGACUGUAGACAAUUCACAUGAGAAUUCCAGGUGGGUUAGAGUGUAAUGGGGGCAUGGCCAGCAUUGCAGCACCUCUGACUGAGAACUGAAGAUUGUAAUACAGUUUAGAUUAUUUUAUU